AGUCAGCAGGAAUUGAGUGGCAGGCGGGGCCCGGGUCUUCCUGUGCUGCUAUGCUGCGGGGGGCUCAGUAGUGUGAGAGGACAGGAGGACGGGAGGCUGCACACUGCUGGCCUGCUGCUCAUUCAUUGUGUGCCAGCUUCCUGCUGCCCCCUCCAGGACAUCACUUACCGUCUCCAGCAGGCUGUGUGCCAUCUGUACAAGGCCCGCUCCUGAAUGCUAAUCUACAGCGGCAGUCUGGCUAUUUCAGUCAUUACGCUAAUAAGCCCUGCUUACCAGCAACCAUGGCAGACGAAGACCUCAUCUUCAGAAUGGAGGGUCUGGAUAACUCUCACAUCUUGAAAGAUCACUGCUCAGAUUACAACAAGGCUGACAGUGAUGAGGAAGAUAACUACUUCAUCUGCCCCAUCACUGAUGAUGUGUCAUCACACCACGUGGCGAAGACGAAAAAGACCCGCUUCUUUGAAAACCUGAAAAAGGAUACGGAAUAUGGGAGCAGCUCUUCUCCCAGGAACUCCUUCAGCUUCAAGGAGGCCUGGAAACAUGCCAUCCAAAAAGCCAAGCAGAUGCCUGAUCCUUGGGCCGAGUUUCACCUGGAAGACCUAGAUACAGAACAUGCAAUCCGACACAGGUACAAUGCUGUCUCCGGCCAGUGGGUACAGGAUGUCGUGUUAAUUAAAAUGGCCUCUCAGCCAUUUGGACGUGGUGCCAUGAGAGAAUGCUAUAGAACGAAGAAGCUGUCCAAUUUCUCACACAGUCAGCAGUGGAAAAGCGCCUACAACUAUGUGGCCAAACGGUAUUUAGAGACCGUUGACAGGGAUGUCUAUUUCGAAGACGUCCGCCUACAAAUGGAGGCCAAGUUGUGGGGUGAAGAAUACAACCGACACAAACCACCAAAGCAGGUGGACAUCAUGCAGAUGUGCAUCAUCGAAAUGAAAGACAGACCCGGCAAACCUCUCUUCCACUUAGAACAUUACAUUGAAGGCAAAUACAUUAAGUAUAACUCCAACUCCGGAUUCGUCCGAGAUGACAACAUUCGCCUCACCCCGCAGGCUUUCAGCCACUUUACAUUUGAACGGUCGGGGCAUCAGCUGAUUGUUGUAGACAUUCAAGGAGUAGGAGACUUGUACACAGACCCUCAAAUCCAUACAGAAGUUGGAACUGAUUUUGGAGACGGCAACUUGGGAGUGCGUGGUAUGGCCUUGUUCUUCCAUUCCCAUGCCUGCAAUAAAAUCUGUAAAAGCAUGAGACUGACACCUUUUGACCAUUCCCCUCGAGAAAAAGUUGUGUUGGACAACUGCACCAAGAUGCUGCAAUCUGCGCAGACGGUUGUACGUGGCAUAGAAGAGAAGUGCGGCAGCUCUCGGGUGAGAACCAUGUCUGGAAGCCGCCCGCCUCUGCUUUUUCGGCUUUCUGAGAAUUCUGGAGAUGAGAACAUGAGCGACAUGACAUUCGACUCGCUGCCAAGCUCGCCCUCCCCAGCUACCCCUCAGGGUCACGGAUGGCCGAUUUUCAAUGAGGUUGAUAACUUGAAUAAUGAACACAAUAACAACCUAGAUAACCACAGAGACUCUGAAAACGGUGGCGACAGUGGUUGUCCCAGUGAGAAGAGAAGUGAAUCUGAUGAAAUGGAGCACAGGGCUCAUGGCAAUUAUAACCGGAGGCGGUUUGAGUCCGAGUCUGAUGACAGCUUUGGGAAGAGCAAAUGUCAUAUAAUUAAAGCCAAUGCGAACCUUAAAAACAGCCCGCGGAGUAAACUGGUGUCCGUGGAGAAGUGGAACCAGUUCCAUGCAUCCCGUGUGCAUAUUCACCGCUCUUCUUGUGUUGCAUCAGAAGUGCAAAGACUUAACGACCUGGAGCUAGAAAAGAAAAUUGGGAAAUCCAUCCUGGGGAAGGUUCACUUGGCCAUGGUACGCUAUCAUGAGGGAGGACGUUUUUGUGAAAAAGAUCAGGACUGGGACCAAGAAUCUGCCAUAUACCACCUGGAACAUGCUGCUCACUGUGGAGAACUGGAGGCCAUUAUUGGCCUUGGGCUUAUAUAUUCUCAGCUGCCCCAUCAUAUCCUGACUGAUGUAUCUGUGGAGGCCACAGAGAAAAACAGAAUUAAAGGAUUUAACUAUUUAUUGAUGGCUGCAGAAGCAGGCGACCGGCCCGCCAUGAUUCAUAUUGCUCGAGCUUACGACACUGGCAUAAACCUUGGAACAGACAGGUUACAAGACUGGCAGGAGGCUCUGUUUUGGUACAAUGCUGCACUAAACAUGACUGAUUAUGAUGAAGGAGGGGAAUAUGAUGGUACCCAAGAUGAACCCAAGUACCUGCUGCUAGCUAGGGAGGCUGAGAUGCUGCUUACUGGGGGAUUUAAACUGGAGAAGGACCCACAGCGAUCUGGUGAACUUUACACAGAAGCUGCAGAGGCUGCAAUUGAGGCCAUGAAAGGAAGACUUGCAAAUCAGUACUAUCAGAAGGCAGAGGAAGCCUGGGCCCUCAUGGAGGAAUGAAUCUCAACCGAAAAGCAUUGAACAUGGCAGCUGAAAAUACUCCUCGAAUAAGGAUUAUAUUUUAUAUUGGUUCUAAAAUUAUUUUAUUGUCGCUGAACUCUCCUAAUACAUGUUUACACUGAUAAAAAAAACUUUUAAAAAUGCUAAAAAAUAUUUUGUUAGAUGUAUGAUGGGUAAGAAUGUCCACAGAUCUAGCAGUAAAUCUGUAUGAUCCUGUGUUUACUUUAUGUAAAGUUGGGAGGGGGUUAACCAGGUUUUUUUUGCUGCAUUUACUUAAAUAAGCAGGCCUCAUAACUGCUAACCCUGGCCCUAUGCACACAUUAUCUGAUCCAUCUCUGGAAUCAGCAGCUGUAUUGCUCUCUAUUUGCUACAUUUGUCUGAAGAAGAUCACAUAUAACAAGGUAAUUUUGUCAUAUCCUAUAUUUUGAGAGGUCUUCAUCAGGAUCAUGGAGCUCUAUAAUGUGGGGUUUUCAUCAGGAUCCUGGAGCUCUAUAUUGUGAGUUCUUCAUCAGGAUCAUGGAACUCUAUACUGUGGGUCUUCAUCAGGAUUGUGGAACUCUGCAUUGUGUGGUCUUCAUCAGGAUCAUAGAGCUCUAUAUUGUUGGUCUAAAUUUAGAAUCAUGGAGCUCUGUAUCAUAAAGUCUUCAUCAGGAUCAAGGAACUCUAUAUUGUGAGGGGUCUUCAUCAGGAUCAGGGAGCUCUAUAUUGCGAGGUCUUCAUCUGGAUCAUGAACAUCUAGAUCAGGGAUGAUCAACCUGCAGACCUCCAGCUGUUGCAAAACUACAACUCCCAGCAUGCCCGGACAGCCUACAGCUAUCAGCCUAAGACAGGGCAUGGUGGGAGUUGUAGUUUUACAACAGUUGGAGGGCCACAGGUUGGGCAUCACUGAUCUAGAUUGUAAGGUCUUCAGCAGGAUCAUGGAGCUCUAUAUUGUGAGGUCUGCAUCAGGAUAAUAGGGCUUUAUAUUGUGAGGUCUUCAUCAGGAUCUUGGAGCUGAGAAGCAAAAACAUUGAGCAAAUGAAUAUUUUUUCAUUUUUUAGGUAACAUGACUGAAAAUGUACAUUUAGACCUCAUUCAUUUUACCUGAUCAAAUUGUAGGGUUAUAAGCACAACAAAUGGUUCAUCAGAUGAAACUGCAGACUCCUCUACUGCUCUCUAACUUGCUCCUAAAGGGGAUGGGUUGUCCUCUUUUGACAAUCCUUUUUGUUAGAAGGGUCCCUCAAAAAUAAGUUUAUUACUCCGUGUUGUUGGUAGCAGCCGCAAUCA